GUACGAAUUUCGACAUAACCGCAAUAUUUAAGAAGCUUUUAGUUUCACUAUUUAGUUUGUAUGUGGAGGCGCCCUACAACACCGAAUGAGAAUCAUGUAGUUAAAAUAAUAACUAUUUGAAUAAAAUUACGGCAAAAAUGCCUCAACUUAAAUUACCGCAAAACAAUAACUCAAGCCCUGCAGACGCAAGCGACAAUGAAGUCUCCGGGAACGAUUCUGAACGUUCAAACACAAGUCACGAAAAUGAAGGCAAUCGAGAAUCCUCAGAAGAUGAACCGGACUCGGACGAUAGUUCCGAAAUGGAUGAAGGGGAAUGUGAGACUCGUAGAACAGAACUUAUCCAACAUGUCCAAGAUUUGGAAAAUCAGUUUAGUUUGUUACGAGAGCAGCUUUAUCGUGAAAGAAUACAACAAGUAGAUACCCAACUUGCGGAAGUAAAAGCAGGUAAAUCACCAGACUAUCUUCUUCCACUGCAACAACUAGAAGAAAACAGACGUACUAGAACAGAGGUGGCUGGUAUUUUAAAACAGCUCCGACUUGAAAAUAUCAAUAAUCACUAUGAUGCGGAAAAGCAAGCAGCCUUGCAAAACUUUGAGAGUGAAAAAAAUUUAGCUAGUGAUUAUUAUUUCAGUGAAUUAAUGGAAACAAUAAGAAGGCUUGAAGAAGACAAACAAAAUAGUGAAAUUACUUGGGGUGAAGGAGGAGAGUGGAGUAUGAGAUCUCGAUCUCGGUCCAGAAGAAAAGCUGUUACAGUUUCUGGUCCAUAUAUAGUGUACAUGCUUCGACCACAGGAUAUCAUGGAAGAUUGGACUAUAAUUCGGAAAGCUUUGAAGAGAACUUUAUAAAGUGUUUUUAAACUCUAUGAUGAGUUUUCUCUUCUCAAAUGAUUUGUAAUACUGUAAAUUAUUAUACUCUUUAGUACAAUAAACUGAGAAAUAUGUAUCAAAAUUUUCAAUUGUCUGUAAUCUGAGCUUAUGCAAUUGAACCCAGAGUGUAAAGAUUUUUGUGGUGCUAAGAGAAAUUAAUUACCC